CUCAGGUCGUCCUUGGUCCUUUCGCUCUUUCAAACCCUUCCAACAUGCGGUCAUUCCUUCUCGCUUCUUUGGCGUCUGUCGCCACGUUGAAGAGCGCCCAAGCCCACCCUGCGCACAGCACCCGCGGAUUGAGCAAGCGGGGAAUCGAUCUCGAUUCGUACCGUCUGAAGCAGCCGGUGUCUUACACCAAUGCCAACGAUGUCGGAUCGGACGCCUCAAUCUCGUCGCUUACUCGCCGCGCCACUGCGGAGGAGACUGCAAGCGAGUUGGUGAAGAAGGUUGUUCCUGGAGCUACCUUCCGAGUUGCAGACAACUAUGUUGGCUCCAACGGCGUUGCCCACGUCUACUUUAAGCAGACCGCCAACGGCCUUGAUGUCGACAAUGGCGACUUCAAUGUCAACGUUGGUCGUGACGGCACGGUCUUCAGUUUCGGAAACUCCUUCUACACUGGGGACAUCCCUACUGCGCCCUCCAAGAGCAAGCGUGACACAAUCGAGCCUGCCGCCGCUUUCAAGUCGGCGGUCAGCGUUCUGGACCUCCCGGUAUCUGCUGGUUCUGCUACGUCGGAGCCAAAGGAGGCUGAGAACACUUUCGCAAUCAAGCAAUCUGAGGGUACAGUGUCUGAGCCAGAAGCACGCCUUGUCUACGUUCAGACUAACGGCAAGCUGGCUUUGACCUGGAGAGUUGAGACUGAUGUCCUGAGCAACUGGCUCUUGACAUAUGUCGACGCUAUCGACGGUAGCCAAGUGCACGCGGUCGUCGACUAUUCCGCUGAUGCAAGCUACCAAGUCUACCCAUGGGGGAUCAACGACCCAACUGAAGGCGAGCGCACCAUCGUUGUAGAUCCAUUCGACAAACAAGCGAGUGAGUUCGGAUGGCACAGCGAUGGCUCCAAGACAUACGAUACCACCCGUGGUAACAACGGUGUGGCACAAAACAACUGGGCCAACAAAUCAGCAAGCGAGUACCUGAACCUUCCUCGGCCCGUCAGCACCGACCUAAAAUUCCACUACCCGUACUCACUCAAUGAGACCGAUUUCCAGAAGUAUUCAAACGCCUCGGUCACCCAGCUGUUCUAUACAUCCAACGUGUACCAUGAUCUGCUGCACAAGCUCGGCUUCAACGAACAGGCCGGAAACUUCGAGAUUAACAACAACGGUGCCGGUGGAGCAGGAAACGACUUUGUCUUCCUCAAUGCGCAAGACGGUAGCGAUUUCAACAAUGCCAACUUUGCUACACCACCAGACGGUCAGGCUGCGCGUAUGAGGAUGUACAUGUGGAACGGAACCACACCUUUCAGAGAUUGCUCCUUUGAUGCCAGUGUCAUUAUUCACGAAUACACGCACGGACUUUCUAACCGCCUCACGGGUGGCCCUGCAAACUCUAACUGUCUAAACGUCCUGGAAUCAGGAGGCAUGGGUGAAGGCUGGAGUGACUUCUACGCCAUUGCAACCCACCUCAAGGCCGGUGACACUCGCGAAACCGACUACCCGAUGGCCCCAUGGGUCAGCGGUAAGCCCAAUGGCAUCAGGAAUUACUUGUACUCCACCGACAUCAACGUCAACCCUCAAACAUACAUCUACGUUGACCCUCAGACCAGGGUGCAUCCUAUUGGCAACAUCUGGGCUGGUAUGCUUUACGAGGUUCUCUGGAACCUCAUCGACAAGCACGGCAAGAACGACGCUGGCACACCCGACUUCGACAGCAACGGUCUCCCCACCGACGGCAAGUACCUUGCAAUGAAGAUUGUCAUGGAAGGAAUGGCAUUGCAGCCAUGCAACCCCAACUUCGUGUCCGCCCGCGAUGCGAUUGUUGAUGCCGACAAAAUCCUGACUGGUGGAGACAACAAGUGCGAGAUCUGGAAGGGUUUCGCGAAGAGGGGUCUUGGCAAGGACGCAAAGUACGACCGUGUCGCAAGGACAGAGAGCUACGAUUUACCAGAGGGCGUAUGCGCAUAAAGUGUCAGCGUUUGAACAGCAUUUUGAGGCGUUUCGCAGCAUUGGCGAUGAGCAUAGUAACGUUAAAUUUUAAUGAUUCAUGUCAAAUUCUUGUGUAGACG